UCAUCGUCCAUGGAAAUGAAACAUCGCUUUUAAAACCAACUUCAACAAAUCCAGAUUCAAACAUCAAAACCCCAUUGCGUGUUCAUUUUCAGAAUCUACAUUUGCACAUCCUCAAAUUUUCAUUUCUUUUCCUUUUCUUGGGUCGGGGAGACGAAAAGAGUGCAAGAAACGUGAAUAAAUAGAAGGAAGAUGAGUGGAUGGGAUGCGGUUAAUUCACCGAAAUCGCAACCGGGUAGUAGUAGUAGUCGGAAAACGCCGGCUCGAACCGUCACACUCGGACGGGUUCAGCCCCAGGCGCCCGCCCUCCGUACCAUCUUCUGCAAUGAUUGCGAUGCCAAUAUGGCUCAUCGUUACAGGGGUAAUUCCAUAUCAACUACCAAGUAUAACAUCUUUACCUUCUUACCAAAGGGGCUGUAUGAACAGUUCAGGCGGGUAGCUAACUUGUACUUUCUUAUGGUGUCUAUUCUGUCAACAACUCCAUAUAGUCCUGUUAAUCCUGUAACAAAUAUGGUUCCUCUGAGUCUUGUGCUUAUGUUUUCUCUCAUCAAAGAGGCAUUUGAGGACUGGCAACGUCUUCAGAAUGAUAAAGCCAUAAAUAACAUUCCUGUCGACGUGUUGCAAGAGCAAGGUUGGGAAACUCUUCAAUGGAAAAAGCUGCAUGUUGGAGAUAUUAUCAGGGUUAAGCAAGAUGAAUUUUUUCCUGCAGAUAUUCUUUUACUUGCUAGUACAAAUUCUGAUGGUGUUUGCUACAUUGAGUCUGCAAAUUUAGAUGGGGAAACAAAUCUGAAAAUCAGAAAGGCACUUGAAAAGACUUGGGAUUACUUGACUCCUGAAAAAGCAUGUGAAUUCAAAGGUGAAGUGCAGUGUGAGCAGCCAAACAACUCUUUGUACACUUUUACUGGCAAUCUUGUAAUUGACAAUCAAACAUUGCCUCUCUCUCCAAAUCAGAUUUUACUGAGGGGUUGCAGUCUGAAGAACACCGAUUUCAUUGUUGGUGCUGUUAUUUUUACUGGUCAUGAAACUAAGGUUAUGAUGAAUUCCAUGAAUGUUCCUUCAAAAAGAAGUACAUUAGAGAGGAAACUUGACAAACUUAUACUCGCCCUCUUUUGUACUCUUUUCUCUCUGUGUCUGGUUGGAGCAAUGGGCAGUGGAAUAUUCAUUGACCGGAAGUACUUCUACUUGGGUCUCCUUGAAAAUGUGGAAGAUCAAUUCAACCCUAAUAGAAGAUUUAUGGUUAUUAUUUUGACCAUGUUGACCCUACUUACUUUAUAUUCAACAAUUAUUCCUAUAUCUCUAUACGUUUCUAUUGAGACAAUCAAGUUUAUUCAGUCCUCUCAGUUUAUCAACAAGGACUUAAAUAUGUACCACGCUGAAACCAACACACCAGCUUCAGCGAGGACUUCUAAUUUGAACGAGGAACUUGGGCAGGUGGAAUACAUAUUUUCUGAUAAAACUGGAACUUUGACAAGAAAUUUAAUGGAGUUCUUCAAGUGUUCAAUCGGAGGUGAAAUCUAUGGAGCAGGUAUGACCGAAAUUGAGAGGGACAUCUCUGAACGAAAAGGCAUAAAGGUUCAAGAGGUGCAGAUGUCAGCUGGUUCUGUUCGGGAAAAGGGUUUCAAUUUUGAUGAUGUGAGGCUUAUACGUGGAGCUUGGAGAAAUGAACCUAAUCAUGAUGUGUGUAAGGAAUUUUUUAGAUGCAUUGCCAUAUGUCACACAGUGCUUCCGGAAGGUAACGAGUCCCCCGAGAAAAUCAAAUAUCAAGCUGCAUCCCCAGAUGAGGCUGCUUUGGUUUUGGCUGCAAAAAAAUUUGGCUUCUUCUUUUACAGACGUACACCUACAAUGAUAUAUGUCAGAGAAUCUCAUGUGGAGACGAUGGGCAAAACCCAAGAUGUGUCUUAUGAGAUUUUAAAUGUUCUCGAGUUCAACAGCACAAGGAAGCGCCAGUCUGUUGUAUGCCGUUAUCCAGAUGGCAGACUGGUUCUGUACUGUAAGGGAGCUGAUACUGUUAUUUAUGAGAGAUUGGGAAUUGGAAAUGAUGACUUAAACAAAGUGACCAGGGAUCACUUGGAACAAUUUGGCUCUGCUGGAUUACGUACCCUUUGCCUUGCCUAUAGAGAUCUAGCUCCUGGCUUCUAUGAGGGCUGGAAUGAGAAAUUCAUCAAAGCUAAGUCAUCUCUACGAGAUCGUGAAAAAAGGUUGGAUGAGGUGGCUGAACUCAAAGAGAAGGAUCUCAUUUUAAUUGGUGCAACUGCGAUAGAAGACAAGCUUCAAGAAGGAGUGCCGAGUUGCAUUCAGACUCUUUCUAGGGCUGGGAUUAAGAUUUGGGUGCUAACAGGUGACAAGAUGGAAACUGCAAUAAAUAUAGCUUAUGCUUGCAACUUACUAAACAAUGAGAUGAUACAAUUCAUUAUUAGCUCUGAAACAGAUGCGAUUAGAGAAGUUGAAGAAAGGGGUGAACAAGCCGAAACCGCACUCUUUAUCAAGGAGGAAGUUAGAAAGCAACUGAAGCAGUGCCUUGAUGAGGCGCAACAAUAUUUUUGCUCACCCUCUGGACCAAAACUAGGGCUUGUUAUAGAUGGAAAGUGUCUGAUGUGUGCUUUAGACCCAAGUUUAAGGGUAAUGCUCCUCACUUUGAGCUUGAAUUGUGCUUCGGUUGUUUGCUGCCGAGUCUCCCCUUUACAGAAAGCACAGGUAACGAGUUUGGUGAAGAGAGGUGCACGUAAAAUUACACUUAGUAUUGGUGAUGGUGCAAAUGAUGUUAGCAUGAUUCAAGCUGCUCAUAUUGGUAUCGGAAUCAGUGGGCUUGAGGGGAUGCAAGCAGUAAUGGCUAGUGAUUUUUCAAUUGCCCAGUUUCGCUUCCUUGAAGAUUUGCUUCUCAUGCAUGGACGUUGGGCUUAUAUUAGAUUAUGCAAGGUUGUGAUGUAUUUCUUUUACAAAAAUCUUGCAUUCUCUUUGACUCAAUUUUGGUUCACCUUCAAUACCGGAUUUUGCGGCCAAAGAUUCUAUGAUGAUUGGUUCCAGUCAUUGUAUAAUGUCAUAUUCACCGCACUACCGGUGGUUUUCGUUGGGGUUUUAGAUAAGGAUAUCAGUCCAUCCCUUUCAAAGAAGUACCCCGAAUUAUACAAGGAGGGCGUAAGACAUAUGUUUUUCAAGUGGAGAGUUGUUGCAUUAUGGGCCUUUUUUGCCGUAUAUCAAUCUCUUGUCUUCUUCUACUUCAUAUCUGCUACCUGUUCUACAAGUCUUGAUCCAUCCGGUAAAAUGUUUGGUCUUUGGGAUGUCAGCACGAUGGCCUACACAUGUAUAGUAGUAACGGUUAAUUUACGUCUUCUCAUGAUGUGCAAUUCAAUCACGAGAUGGCAUUGCAUUAGUGUUGGAGGAAGCAUACUGGCUUGGUUUCUGUUUAUUUUCUUAUAUUCUGGAAUUACGACUCCAUUGGACCGCAACGAUAACAUGUAUUGGGUCAUUUAUAUCUUAAUGGGUACAUCCUAUUUCUACGUCACUCUUCUACUUGUUCCUGUUGCUGCACUUCUGGUAGAUUUCCUUUACCUUAGUGUGCAAAGAUGGUUCUUCCCCUAUGAUUAUCAGAUCGUUCAAGAAAUGCACAAGGACGAUAUCCAGAGUACGGAUCCAUCGGAACUACUGGAAUCGAAGCAACAGCUUACACCAGACGAGGCAAGAUGCAGAGAAAUAUCUCAGUUGCCAAAGGAAGUAUCCAGACACAGUGGGUUUGCCUUUGAUUCCCCAGGUUAUGAGUCGUUUUUUGCUUCACAGUUCGGUAAGUAUGUUCCACCAAAGGCAUGGGAUGUUGCUCGGAGAGGUAGCAUGAGGUCUAAGGCAACACCAAAAUGAAAACUGAAACAUUUGAUUGGUCGUUUUUGGUAGUCUAAACUUACAUAAAAGCUGUAAAAAAAAAUCAGUUAAAUUGCAGGGUUUUUGGUUCUCGUUCCUUUGUUUUUUGUU